AUGAAGUCAGCAAUUUUCCUUGCAGCUCUCCCAGCCGUCAUCUUGGCUAACGGCAUCUGGAUCAAGAACCCUGUCGAGGGUGGAGACGCAUACUGGCGCAUAAAGCACACCAACACCAUCAAGUGGGGCGCUGACGGACACGACAACCCAGAAGCCUUCAGUGUUUACCUCAAGAACGACAAUCCUAAUGUAGACGGGAACAAUCUUGGUAUUGCAAACAAUGUCAAGACUACUGAUGGCUCAACCAAGAUUGAAAAGCUUCCAGACUAUGUCAAACCAAGCGAUGGCUGGAGAAUCGAAUUCGUGCAGGUAGACGACAUCAACAAUGUGUACACAUCCUCAUCUGACUUCAACAUUCGUGAGAAGGACGCACCAAGACCACCAGCACAGGAGGGAAGCGACCACGAUGAAAUCGACGAGGACAACAUUGAGGAGUCCAACAAUGAUGACGACAAGUCUAACAAAGACGACGACAAGUCCAAGACCGAAGAUGAAGACGCAAGCAGGACAUCCAAGUCAUACGUAAGCUCAGGCACAGCUAGCGUGAUGAAUAUGCCAUCUUCCUCAAGCUCCAAGUCAUCCUCUUCUACUUCACACUCAAUCCCUAACCCUACUCACAAUGCGCCAUCAAGCUCCGCAGAUCCCGAUAGCCAGGCCGCUAACGAUGAGGACUCUUCUGCUACAACGGCUGCCGUUUCUUCACUCUUACUCGCUACUCUCUCGCUCGCUAUCGCUACGACUGUUUUUUAA